CCGUAAACCGGAAGGGAAUCCCCAUUGAAAAUAAAUUGGCGGGAGUUUCUUCGUGCAUGAAACUUGGAUAUGGAAAUCAUUAAACCAAGACAGCGACGGGCAGGUGGCAUUAAAUCAGAAGUCAAACAAAAAUAUGCACACCCACUUCAGUUUUACUCAAUGCCACCAGAGGAGACGAUUUCUCUGCAGGAAUUUGAAGAGUUUGCUGUCGAGCGCUUAAAAAUUCUGAAGGCUGUUGAGACUGCCUCUGUCCGGCAUGUUCGAGGAUCAGCUGAAUAUAUUGCGUACUUGGAGAAGGAGAUCAAGAACACCAAGUUCAAGUCACUAUUGAAGGUGUCUUAUGGAGGCGAGGUGAAGGAGGAUGAAACGGAUGCACGUAGACUGGACCACAUCUCUCACUUCAUCUUGAGGCUGGCAUAUUGCAGAUCAGAGGAUUUGAGACGAUGGUUUCUGCAGCAGGAGCUAGACCUUUUCCGUUUCCGAUUCCAGCGAGAGAAUAAAGAUUCUCGUCUUUCUCUGACCUCUCGUCUUUCUUUCCUGAACAUCAACAAUCUUGGCUACAAACCAAUUCCUGAUGAAGAAAAGAAAGAAGUGUUGCCAUACCUCGUGGCUUGUGACACACCUGCCCGAGUAGAGGUCAAUGAGUACUAUAAGGUUCAUUUCACUGAAGCUCUGGAUUUGGUGCGAGGAAAGAGAGUUUACUUGGAGCGAGGCUUUGCAUUUGUUGCCCAGGAGGAUCUAGCGUCCAUUCUGCUGUCCGUCUACAGGACCAGACUGUCACAUGCUCUUGCAGUGACAUGUCGAGCCUUGCCGCACCUGGAGGAGGAUGACCGUCUGCUGCCGAUGUUGUGUGGUCUGAGCAAGCGCUACCUGGGCCAAGACUACAACAGCAAGAAGACGACUGUGGGACAGAUUACAGCCGACAUGAUUGAUUUGCUGUCUCGGACAUCCUUCCCUCCGUGUAUGCAGCAACUCCAUCAGGGUCUCCGUAGCAACCACCACCUGAAGCAUGGCGGCAGGAUGCAGUAUGGCCUCUUCCUCAAGGGAAUCGGUGUGUCUCUGGAAGAAGCCAUGAAGUUCUGGCGAGCUGAGUUUGUCAAGGGAAUGGAUCCGGAUAAGUUUGACAAGCAGUACUCAUACAACAUCCGCCACAACUAUGGCAAGGAAGGAAAGCGAGCCGACUACACCCCGUACAGUUGUAUGAAGAUCAUCAUGUCAAACACCCCUGGACAAGGCGACUCACAUGGUUGUCCGUUCCGGCACUGUGAUGGGGAUGUGCUGAGACAGAAACUGCGAGCACAGAACAUUUCCAAAGAUGCUGUUGAUGAGAUAGCAAAGUUUGCGAAGGAAGGUCACUAUCAGUUGGCGUGUGGGCGAUACUUUGAUGCAUCCCACAACAUUUCGGGGGACAAUGUUGAGACCAGCAUCAACCAUCCUAACCAGUACUUUGAAGAGAGUCAAAUUAUACGCAAGGAUGGGGGAAAAAAAAUAAACACACCUAAUCCUGGGAAGGUCAUCCCGAGUCAAAGGUUCUCAGAAUUCUCAGUCGGUGAAAACUUCAAGUCAGCCAACAGACACACAAGCCACAGACUUGGAUGAAAUGGAGGACGACUUCCCCAUGGAGGAACUAGACUCAAUGCUUCAAUAACCCUGCGGUUUGACAUGGCUACUAUUAAUGGAAGCACUAUACAUUCAU